GCUUUCAGUUCUAGUGGAACCACCGUUUGGACAGCACGCGAUCUCGAUCUCGAUCCUUAAACUCUUGACCAAGAAGCGGCCAGUUUCCGAACACUCCUGCCCAUAUCCACCCACAUCACUGUCCAUCUCCCCAACCAGGAUGGCUUUCCUGCGUGCAAUCGGUGCUGAGGCCCGCUACUUGACACAACGCGCCUACUCAUCGGCCGCGCCCACCACCAAGCUGUUUAUCGAUGGCAAAUUCGUAGAGUCCAAGACGAAGGAAUGGAUCGAUGUGCACGAUCCGGCCACAAACAAGGUGGUAACGCGUGUGCCCAAGGCCACGCAGGAAGAGAUGCAAACGGCACUCGAGUCCAACAGGAAGGCAUUCCGGUCGUGGAGCAACCAGUCGAUCCUGACCCGUCAGGCGGUCAUGUUCAAGCUGCAGGCUUUGAUCAAGGAGAAUAUGGGCGAGCUGGCCAAGAACAUUACCAAGGAGCAGGGCAAGACCCUGGCCGAUGCUGAGGGCGAUGUGUUGCGCGGACUCCAGGUGGUGGAGCACUGCUGCAGUAUUCCGUCCCUGCAGAUGGGCGAGACAGUGGCCAAUGUGGCACGCGACAUGGACACAUACUCGCUGGUGAUGCCACUGGGUGUGACCGCCGGCAUUGCUCCCUUCAACUUCCCCGCCAUGAUCCCUCUGUGGAUGUUCCCCGUGGCCAUCACGACCGGCAACACAAUGCUGCUGAAGCCCUCUGAGCGAGUGCCCGGCGCCACCAUGCUACUGAUGGAGCUGCUCAAUGAGGCCGGCUGCCCCCCGGGCGUGGUCAACGUGAUUCACGGCCAGCACGACGCUGUCAACUUCAUCUGCGAUGCGCCCGCCAUCAAGGCCGUGUCCUUUGUGGGCUCCGACCAGGCCGGCAAGUACAUCUACGAGCGUGCUGGAAAGAACGGCAAGCGUGUGCAGAGCAACAUGGGCGCCAAGAACCACGGCGUGAUCCUGUCCGAUGCCAACAAGGAGAACACCUUGAACCAAUUGGCUGGUGCCGCCUUCGGUGCUGCUGGUCAACGCUGCAUGGCCCUGUCCACGGCUGUGUUUGUGGGCGAGGCCCAGGGCUGGGUUCCCGAUCUGGUGGAGCGUGCCCAGAAGCUGAAGGUGAACGCCGGCCAUGUGCCCGGCACCGAUGUGGGACCCGUGAUCAGUGCCGCCAGUCGCCAGCGCAUUAACGAUCUCAUCGAAUCCGGCGUGAAGGAGGGAGCCAAGCUCGUUCUCGACGGCCGCAAGAUCAGCGUGCCCGGCUUUGAGGAUGGCUACUUUGUGGGACCCACCAUCCUGAGUGACGUCACCCCCACCAUGAAGUGCUACACUGAGGAGAUCUUUGGCCCCGUCUUGGUGAUCCUCAAGGCCGACACCCUGGACGAUGCCAUUGACAUUGUGAACGCCAAUCCCUACGGCAACGGCACCGCCAUCUUCACCACCAACGGUGCGGCUGCUCGCAAGUUUGUCAACGAGAUCGAUGCCGGCCAGGUCGGGGUCAAUGUUCCCAUUCCCGUGCCCCUGCCAAUGUUCUCCUUCACCGGCACACGUGGCUCCUUCCGCGGCGACCAUCACUUCUACGGCAAGCAGGGCAUCAAGUUCUACACCCAGACGAAGACCGUCACCCAGCUGUGGCGCGAGACCGAUGUGACCCACACUCAGGCAGCCGUGGCUAUGCCCACCAUGAAGUAGGGCGGCGGUGAUGAUUAUGAGACGGAUGACGAGGCGUAACUGUUCCACGUAUUGAAUUUCUAGAUAUAUGCACAGGACGUAUUUAGAACCUAGAUACAAAGAAAUUAUUGCAUUUAUUUUUGUGCCUGUUUAUUAGACUUAAGAUGAAAAUAUAAAGGAAAUUAAUUAAUUAAAAACUGACUUGCAAAACGAAA